ACUCCUACUUCCUCAUUAAAUAGUAGGAGGCUCCAACCCUAUUCUCGAACACUUUCGGUGAAACCCCCCUGUUCUCCCCACACCUUGUGUCAUGGAUAUUGCCCUUAGAGACCAUGUCUUCUCCUCUCUUCUCCAGUUCAUCGAUCUCUUCACUCUCUUUCUAUCCAUAUCAAUAGAAUCCUAUAUUUUUCUCCACAAAUGGAACCCCACGUACCACCUCUUCCCCAUGUCAUGCAUGCUUCUCCUCCCAGCGCUCCAACGCCUGCUUUCCAUGCACAGACAAGUCUACCUCGUGGACUUCUCCUGCACGAAGCCCCCAAGUCGGUUCCGGGCUCCCAUCCCCUUACUUUUGGAGCACCUCUCCCUCAUGAAAGUCUUCGACGACGCGAGCGUCGCCUUCAUGACCAAGAUCAUCACCACCUCCGGCAUGGGCGACGAGACCUGCUUCCCUCCUUCUCUCCACUACAUUCCCCCCUCCCCCACCCACCAAGACUGCAUCGAGGAAGUCCACAUGGACCUCUUCCCGGCCCUCGAAGACCUCCUCGCCAAGACCAACCUCUCGCCCCGCGACAUCGACGUCCUCGUCGUCAACUGUAGCGGCUUCUGCCCUUCUCCCUCCCUCUCCUCCAUCGUCGUCCACCGCUUCGCCAUGCGCGACGACGUCAAGACCUUCACCAUCUCCGGCAUGGGCUGCAGCGCGGGAGCCAUCGGCAUCGACGUCGCCCAGAGGCUUCUCAAAGUCCACCGCAGGUCCUACGCCGUCGUCCUGAGCACCGAAAUCAUGUCGACCGGGUGGUACAGCGGCAGGGACCGGCGCAAGCUGCUGCUCAACUGCUACUUCCGGAUGGGUGGCUCCGCCGUGCUGCUCACCAACCGGAGGGAGGCCAAGGGGUGGUCCAAGUACCGGCUGGUGCGACUGGUGAGAACCCAGAGAGCCUUCGAUGACAAGUCCUACCUCUCGGCCAUCCGCGAGGAGGACUCCGAAGGCAUCACCGGCUUCUCGAUCGAGCGCAAUCUUCUGACCGUCGUCGCCGAGACGCUCCGGUCCAACGCCGUCGCUGUCGGCACGUCGAUACUUCCACUGCGGGAGAAGUUGAGGUAUGGCGUAAUGAGGCUGUGCAACAAGGCCGCCGCGCCGGACUUCCGGACGGCGAUAAAACAUUACUGCUUCCCGUCGUCGGGGAAGGCGGUGAUGAAGGAGAUAGGGAAGGGGUUGAGGGUGGGGGAGAGAGAGAUGGAACCGGGGCUGAUGACGUUCCACCGGUUCGGGAACCAGUCAUCGGCGUCGAUGUGGUAUCAGUUGGCGUACAUGGAGGCGAAGGGGAGGGUGGAGAGGGGAGAAAGAGUGUGGCAGCUGGGGAUGGGGACUGGGCCCAAGUGCAACAGCCUGGUCUGGGAGUGUUUGAGGGGUGUAAUGGCAAAAGAGGCGGAGAAGGGACCGUGGGAGGACUGCAUCCAUCGGUAUCCCGUGGGCGAAGGCCAGGAGGAUUUGUAG